UUGACUAGACAACAGAGUCAGCGCACGGCAGCCAGUUGCCAAGAACAGGACCGACGAGAAGCACAGCCGUGCGGUACCUCCCGGUCCUCCCUGAUAAUUGUCAGAACAAGCCGGCCUGCAGAAGUUUGGAGGCGAUAAUAAAAUCGUCGACAGGGUAAAUUAAGCGGAGGGAACUGCGUCCGCCUUUGGUCGUAACAGCAGCCUAGAGACUCACGUGCCAGAAUUCUACAGAGUCACGAACCAAACGACUACAGCGUUGCAUGCCAGAAGUGUACGGCGUCACGUGUAUACGUCACGCGCCACAGGUCUAUAACGUCACGCGCGCGCCAGAGGUUGGUCUACGGUGUCGCGAGAGAGACGUCUGCAUCGUCACGUAUCAAGUCUACAGUGUCACGGGUGUACAAGUGUGACGUCACCUGGUGAUUCCGCUGACAGGCUGGGUGACCCUGGUGACAGGGUGGGUGACCCUGGUGAUGGGCUGGAUACACAACGAGCUUCACGACGUUCGUGGCGACUACUUGGAGAAGUGUUCUCCUCCGUGUGCUGAGUGCACAGAGGCAAGAAAGCCUUGAAUGAGAGGUCGCGUGUGUCACGGUCACGUGCUGACAACGGCGUGAGAUUCUGCCCGGGUGCACCGACGUCUUUCAUCACAGCAGAAACUGUCCAGUCAGGCACAUUUGCAACCUAAAAUGGUCCUGGAGAGUGGAGCUGUGGAACACCUUGUCCUGUCUCAUCAGUUCGUCCCGUAACAGCGACUGGCGCAAUAACCACAGCUCAGAAUUCUUUGUUUUUAGAGACAUAAAAGGUUCCAUUAAUAAAUGUUUUCCAGAGUAGUAUCCGAAUAGACAGGUAGCAUUUUCUCGUCAAGCUCGAUUUAUCACCAACUCUUCAGCUGACUUGUUGUGGAAUGAAUACCCAAGACGGUGAGGACAUUCAGAUAUUACCAUGGCAAACACAUUGUGGGUUCUUCCACUUCUUUCCUCGCCAUAUUGUUUCACUGUGUCACCCUGGCACAGCCGACGGUUCAAAACUCGGUCUGGAAAACGGAAAAAUCCGCCAAUUUUCAAGAGACCGUUCGCCUCGAACCUUCUCGCAUGCCACCGCUGCAGGUCCAGAUCCAGCAGUCCAUGGACCUGCUCUUGCUGGAACUGGAAAAGAGACGAGUGGAGACGGAGUCUCUGCGGACAGAGUUGGCCGAUCUCAAACAAGGUUUGAUGGACAACCGAGUGAUCUUGAAUCAGCUGUGGGAUGGGAUGGACCUUCUGGUGAAGAAGCUGGUGAAAAAUGCAGACGGCGCAUGCGCAGACAGACGUGAGCAGCGACGUAAAGGAAAAGGAAGACGACGGAACCGCAAGAGAGGAGGAAGUGGUGAAGGAGGGCGAAGACGAACAAAAGGUGAAAAGGUGUCCACAGAUAAUCCUGAUGUCGCGGCAGGGGGUGGAGCCGACACUCUUGCGAGCGGUUCUUCCCGAACGUCCAAAGAAAUCGCUUACAGGGACGACGAGGGCUCAGAGUCGUACAACGUCACGAACGUGAAAUCCGAGUUGCCUACCUCGUCCAGAGGUCGGGGGUCAGUGCCUGAGUAUCUGAACCCUCACCUCUACCCUCGUCACGGAGAUGAAGAUGGCGUCUUGAUUGAAGAUGUCGAUAGCUACGUCGACGAGUCGACUUCCAUGAGCGAAAUGUCGACUGAGCCUACGGCAACCUCUCCUGAUCCCAUCAACGCCUCUACAACGGCUCCAUUCCGAAAGAUUGUGAGGACAUACGGCGCCUGGGCUACGCCACAAACGGGACCUACGUCGUCAUGACAACGCUAUCCCAAGAAAGUUUCCCUGUCGUCUGCGAGUUCCACAAACACGAGACGUGGACCCUGAUCCAACGCCGGCAGGACGGCUCGGAGGAUUUCUACCGGUCCUGGCUGGACUACAAGCACGGCUUCGGGAGCCUGGUGGGCGAGUUCUGGCUGGGCAACGAGCGGAUCCACCAGCUGACAAACCAAGACUUCUACCGACUCCGGAUCGACAUGUGGGACUGGCCCAAACCCGGAAAUGACGUCACCGGCAGGCCCCACGUGCCUCGCUACUUCUUCGCGGAGAGUCGCUACAUGGUGGUGGCGAACGAGUCUCAGAGGUACGAGCUCAAGGUGCCGGACGAUUACUUCGCUUACACGGGCUUCGGCGGAAGUGGACUUCGCAUCCACGCGGGCCCGUUCCUGACGAAGGACGUGAAGAUCCUGCCGGAAGCCAUGAGGCAGAACUGUGCACAGAAAUUCCAUUCUGGAUGGUGGUUCAAGACCUGCGUCCGCAACGCCAACUUCAACGGUCGCUACUACAAAGGCGGCUACGCCGACUCCUCCAAGAAGCAGAGAGCCAGAGACGACAUCUACUGGCCCAACAUCGACCAGUCGCUGCAGAAGGUGGUGAUGAAGAUUGGGCGGGUGAACGAGACAUACGCGCUCACCGGGUUUCUUUAGCUGUGGACUGAUGAUUAUACGAACUCCCUCAUUGUUAUGUUCAAGACAGUUAUGUUUUUAAAAUAAUUUUUAAAUAGAAAUAUAUUUCUGGUUGUGACUUUUGGUAAAAUAGAUGACAGAAUAUAGCAGUUAUAGAUGACAGAAUAUAACAGUUAUAGAUGACAGAAUUUAUAGAGACGCGAGAUUUAAUAAUUUGUGUACAGCACCUCACCCAUGUUCAAAGUGAACAAAGAGUUCACUUGUGAAAGCUAAUUCUAACAGUUGCUUUAGACACUUUCACAAUUCAAUGAGUUUUAAAAGAAUCCUGUCAUGUAAUUAUUUUAGUUUAUUGUGUAUCCAAAAGCUAGAAUUUCUUUGCCUUCCCGAUCCGCCAUGUGAAAUGUCUGGAAGUUUGUAAGCGUUAGAGAAAUAUUUGUUUAGCAAAAAUAUUCUUUGUAAAUAUCUUUCCUGUAACUCAUACCUAAUUAUUUUUGUGUAAUUUAAUAUAAUUAUCAUCCUGUUUGCCUGACAUGCCUGACUUGUGUUUAGGUGAUUAAUGUUGAUUUUGUAUGGAUUUUUGAUAGUAAUGUUGUUAAACAUCCAUCUUUCAUCACCAUCUUCGAGUAAUUAGUUUUUGUUAACAUGGUUUUUCUUCUUCAAAUGUGAGCACACUUGCAGCCUACGAUGUUUUGCUAUACAAGCAAUACAUCCUCCUCCUCCUCAUCCUAAUCAUCCUCCUACUCCUCCUCAUCCUCAUCCUCCUCAUCAUAAUCACCAUCAUCAUCAAAACUUUACCACACACAUUCUCACACAAUCGCAUAAUCAACAAAGUGUCUUCGCUUGAGAACAUUUAGGAAAGAAAUUUUUUACCGAAUUGUAACUGUUCAACUGAGCAAAAAAUCACAGUAAAAUAUUUCACGAACACUU